CAAACACAAACAGCAUGAGCUCUUUCUCUUGUUGGAGAAAAUGCCCCUUCCCUUUGAGUGCUUAUUCAUGAUAACUUGGCAACGAGCCAUUUCCCAAGUAUGACGCACAAGAACCAUCAGGGUAAGAGUGAAUGCGGUUUUAGCUUCAGUUUGAUGGCAAGAGAGUAGAAUAUAUAAACCUCAACCAGUCCCUCGUCUUCUCAACUUCUUUUCCAUCAACAUUACAAACUCACAACUCUACAAUACACUACAGUGCAACAACUCAACAACUUCAACCAAACCUUCAAAUCAACACUACAAAACUUUCACAAUGGAGACCGUCAAGGCAAGUCUUUUCCUGCCCAUGAUCCAACGAUCUCUUCUCACUUUUCCUGCAUCUUCUAACAUUUUAUCUUGUAGAACGCUGCCAACUACGUCGCCGAGACUGUUCAAGGUGCCACUGCCACCACCUCCAAGGAGGUCAACAAGCAAGUCGCCAAGGACAGUGAUGCCAGCCUUUCCACCCGUGCCAACGCCGGUGUCGAUGCCGUCAAGGACAAGGUUGAUGAGACUGGACACAACACCAAGGCUGAUGUCCACAAGGGUAUGUUUCUCACUUUUAACAUUUCCAUAAUCACAUACUAAUUCUUAUCACAGAAGCUGCCAAGCACUAAAUUCUUCAAUUCGAUGGAUCUCACAAUCUGCAUUCGAUCAUAAUGACUUUGGCGUCUGCGAUGCACGGAGGUUCUCUGGGGAGGUGAUGAGCCUGAAACUCAUGUAUUGGUGGUCUUAAUACCCUCAUAACAAUAACGAUGCUUUUAUGAAUAAUCAAAAUAAAUGUCUCCC